GUCAUCACGUAGUUUUUUUUUUCAUCUUGUAAACACGUGUAUGUACGGAGCAGUCAGUGUGUGUCUACGGAGAAUUUUCAGCGUCUAUAAACUAGUUUUCUAAAAUCCUUAAAAUGGCAAAAAGCCUCCGGAGUAAAUGGAAGAGGAAGAUGAGAGCAGAGAAGAGAAAGAAAAAUGCCCCUAAAGAGCUGGCCCGUCUGAAACAAGCUCUGAGUCUGGAUGUGAAAGGAGAAGCAGCGAUGAGCGACAUGCAGGAGAUCGCCACCGUGGUGCCGGCUGACAAGAUCAAGAAACAAGCUGAUGUUGAUAUGACAGAAACUAUGAGCGACGAUGGGAAAAUGGAUAUGGACAGCAAGCGCAGCAAGAAAACUCUGCUGAAUGAACAUGGACAGUAUCCUGCAUGGAUGAGCCAACGGCAGGCCAAGAAGAUGAAAGCCAAACGGACGACAAAGAAAGGUGGUCAGGGCAAGAAGAAGAAGGGUAUCGCCUGGUAGAAGCAAAGGAAACCAGAAAGAUCUUUGCUUUGCCUUAAAGACUUUAAACGCAGAAGCCUCUGAUUAUUUCAUGUAGUCUUUUAUACAUGAUAACUGUCGACUUCUGCUAUUGAAUCUCAUUCUCUCGGUGAACUACAAGGUUCAUGGUUGUGCCUCAGAGCCUGUUGUCGUUCUGUUUAUUCUUACAGAACAGCAGCUCCAUUUUGACGUCAAGACAAGUUUUAAGAAAAAAAUCUGUCUGGCUUCAAAGUGCAACAUAGCAACGGAGGUGUUAGACGUGUAUUCUCUGCUACAAGUUAAAUCAUUUUGUACUAAGAUUAAAGAAAUGUAUUACGGUCA